AUGACGGAUCUUUCAGUACCCCAUAACAUGAUAGCUCACCUGCCGUCAAAUGGUCUUAUUGGAAUUACCUGGGGAGGAGCAAGCCUGGCUAUUGUUUUCAUAUGUGCUCGCUUAGUGGUGCGCGUCAAGUACAUGAAACGUUUACUUGCUGACGACUAUUUCAUGCUCUUUGCGUUGGUACUUCUUGUCGCCAAUGCCAUCCUCCAUACAUUGCAGACGCCACAUCUUUACUAUUUAGGGCUUCAUCCGACGGGUGCCGAAAUCGAGUACCAUGUACUACAUUAUCUGUGUUAUGAAUUUGCGAUCAGUGGAAUAUUUUGGACAAUUUUAUGGAGCGUCAAGGGAUCAUUCCUAGCAUUGUUCUGGAUGGUAUCCGAUGGUUUACCGGUAUAUCGCCGGGCAUGGUGGGCUGUCGUGGUCUUCGCAUGUCUCGCUUAUCUUGGUUGUUGGGUUGUAUUGGUAUACACUUGCCAUCCGCCAUCUAGCUACUUCAAAUAUGGUCCUGGUCAAUGUGGAAAGCCAAUCGAUUUCAAAGGGUUUACCAUUGCCAUCUCAUACAGCACAUCUGUGGACAUAGUAACAGACCUUUUAGUAAUGUCUCUCCCUUUGCGAAUCAUAUGGGUCGCAAAGAUCAAUGUGAAACAAAAGGUCGGUCUAGCUCUUGUCUUCCUGAUAGGGUUUGCCAUCAUCGCCGCAGCCAUCGUCAGAGCUGUCGAGAUCAGCGGAACCAGUACAUUUUCAGACCCAGGAGCGCUCGCGGUCUGGGUCGUCGUGGGAAGUCUUCCUCCAUUCCGAGCCAUCAUAUCCCCGCCAAUGAGUGGGGUUGGGUCACCGUACGGUUCCUCCGGCGUCCGGGCCAAUUCGUACGAUCGAAAUAAUUCAGUCCACGGAAAAGGUCCUUCAAUACCGGUGGGGUGGGGCGAUAGCCCCCUUGCCCAUAGCUACAGGAUAUAUCAUAAUCAAGAUGAUGUGAUAAGAUCACAAGAUGUGCAGAGCACAGAAGAUCAUUCGGCUUGGCCGUUGGAUAGGGUGUAUCCAACCUUGUCCAGGGAACUUCUCGCGAGGAAGAUCAAAGUGGAGCAGGAUUUUGUGAGUUUUAGCCUUUGAGGCCCCGG